AUGGAAGAGAAAAAGGUCAUCCGAGAGAUCCCAGCGGUCCUAAAGCGUCUGGCCAAAUUUAUAGUGCGCGGUUUCUAUGAAGCCGAGUACUCCCUGGCCCUCGAUAUACUGAUCCGCUACCCCUGCGUGAAAGAGGAUGACUUGUUACAGUUGCUCAAGUAUGAGCGUAAGCAGCUGCGUACCAUCCUCAACACACUCAAGGCAGACAAGCUUGUGAAGCUGCGUAUGCGAGUUGAAACAGGACCUAACGGGAAGAGCACGAGGCACAAUUACUAUUACAUCAACUACAAGGUGCUGGUGGAUGUGGUAAAAUACAAACUGGAUCACGUACGCCGGAAAAUAGAAGCGGAUGAGCGGGAUUCAACUACCAGGUCCUCUUUUAAAUGUCCGUCUUGUUCCAGCACUUACACGGACCUGGAAGUCAAACAGCUCUUUGAUGUAUUUACAGAGACUUUCCGCUGUACUUACUGCAACACUGAAGUAGAGGAAGAUGCCUCCACGCUUCCCAAGCGCGAUGCUCGAACCUUGCUAGCAAAAUUCAAUGAGCAGAUUGAACCUAUCUUUGUGCUGCUGCGUGAGACUGAAGAUAUUGUUCUGCCGUAUGACUUGCUGGAGCCUGAGCCAACAGAAAUACCAGAAUUAUCAGAAAGCUUUGAUCAGAAGGUGGGUUCAAGUGUGCUGGAAUCCCGCAGCCAACCUGAAAAGUGGGCCAACAGAAGUUCUUCUUUUGGCAAUCUGUACACCCAACACCUAGUUAUCGAUGUCCAAGACUCUGAGCCCAAGAAGAAAACAAGAGAAAAGCCAACUAAAGAGCAGCCUACCUGGCUGUCACAGAGCACCGUGGAAGGAGCAACAACAGCCACCAACAACAGUGUUGGAGUAAAUGCUUCUGAAGAAAGUGUUAAAGAAACUGUCACUGAUAAUGACAUCAUCAAGACUCUUCUGAUCCAUGAAUCCAAGUCGUCGUUUAGCACAGACCAGGCUCCUGCUGUCAAAAGCAAACUACCUGAAUCAGGCAGCGAUACCAGUGAGUCUGAAGAAGAUGCCAAGGGCUCGAGAAAAACAGGAAUGCAAGGAGCAGGCAGCAACUUUGAACAAGAGGAGGAACAGGAAAUGCAAGGUCCUAUUUUAAUGGUAGCUGGUCAGCCUCGUUCAUAUAGUGAAGUUAGUGAAAAUCCAGAGCUUGUGUCUCUCAUGACAAAGGAAGAGAGAGAAGCUUAUAUAAAAGUGGGGCAAGAAAUAUUCCAGUCUGUCUUUGAAUAAACACUACUGUAUGAAUAUGCAAAGUUGUAUAGAAUGGGUGGUUUCUUUUGAAAUAAGACAAGUUAGUCUAAUAGUUUAUGUUCUUUGAAGCUUACCACUGAAGGGUUUUGUUUGAGCUCCAUGCUAUUAUGCAAACAUUAAUCCUGUAGUAGGUAACAACAAUUCAAAAUAUUAGCGUUGCAGCAAAAGCAACCCGAAGUUAGUAUGGGUUUUCUGUUGUCUUAAUGCUUAGACUUGGUGAAGGCUGUAAUUAGUUUUGGAGCACGAAUCAUUUCAGGAUACAUUGGGAUCCGAUUAAAAUAAAGUUUCAAAAGCAAUGUUGCAACUUAUU